GUCGGCCACCGCCGUGGCCGACAUUUUCGGAGGCCCGAAGAAGGGCGGCAGCGUCCCGGCCAAAGGCGUGGCGAGCAGCUCGGACCCCGUGAAAGGCAUGCUGAAAGUGAGCAGCUCGAGCAGCGCUCCGAGGCUGAAUGCGCCGUCGAAGGAGGUGAAGAUCAGAGGCGGGCGACCCGAGACCCCGGACAGCGGCCGCAACCGCUCCAAGGCGCUGCAG